AUGGACUCGGACGCCGUCGCCGAAAUUCAAAUGUCUUCCGCUCGUAUACCAUCCGAGGCGGCUCUCAACGAGUCCUAUAGACCGGGAUAUACGCGACUCUGCCCCGUUGACGUUCCUCGCCUCGUAGAUGUGGCGCGUGCCGCCCUUCGACUAGAUCCAUCCACCAUUCCCACUGGUCUACGUAUCCUUGCUGCUGUUGUAUUCAACAAGGUGUUCUUCAUGCAAUUCGGCUCCAUCGCUGUGAUUGCGCGAGUCCCAUUCAACACACCGGCAGCGCACGACCCAGUCCGGCUCAGAUCCCAGAUCGCUACGUUGGACUUCCUCAGCAUCCACAAACCGACUGUCCCUGUACCGAAAGUCCUCGCCGCUUCACCGGAUAGCCAGAGUCCGCCGUGCGCGCCGUACGUCAUAGCGGAGUUCUGCAAAGGGACACCCUUGACGAUUCAAGAGUGGUAUAGGGACAUGUCGGCCGCGAGCCGUGACAGAGCCAUCGACCUGCUUGCCGACAUGUGGGUCAAGAUUACUGCUCCACUACCUUUCAAGGCGAUCGGCAGCAUCAUUCGCCGUACUGUGGAUCCCCACAGCGCUAUGUCGAGAAUGGGUGGCGCGGCGGAAUCGCCUGCCUUUCACAUCAUGCCCAUGAUUCCGCAGUUCCCAAAGAAAUGGACUGAACUGGUCGACCCAUCGGCGGAGACACGUGCUGGUCCUAGGAGCAUUGCCGAACACUGGGCCGCGCGGAUGAAAGAACAACGCGACGAUAUAGUGGCGACAUUCCCAGAUGAAGACCAUUCUGUCCUCGUAUGCGACAACGUAGGCUCUAAACAUACGUUGGGGAAACUCUGGCAAUGCGUUCGAGCCAUGCAGGAGCUCACCGACAUAGCUGUCUCUCUGGACCCCCUGGCUCAUGCGCCCGCAAUGGCACUCAUGCACGCGGACUAUUCGUGCUGGAGGAAUAUACUCUUCUCACCAGACCGCGCGCGCAUAGAAGGCGUCAUUGACUGGGACGAUGCUAUCGUCGUUCCGCGCGAUCUCGCUGCUCUAUACCCCGAAGAACUGACGCAUCACACUCGUGGCUGGCGCGUUGAUCCGCCGGACGUAUUCGCCAUCCCGCCGGGGACGCUGUACGAGGAUGAGGGUCUAUGGGAGACGGCCAUCGAGGAGACGAAGCAGAGGCGGAUGUUCAGAAAGGCUGUGGGAAGGCGGGACCCUCAGCUGGCAGAACUUUACACGGACCGCCGGGCCAGGCUGAGAAGAAGAGUGGACAUUCUUCUUCGUGAUGGAUGGUAUGCUUGGCUGUCGCGCAACGACUGGGUGCUGGGACAGGGCCUCGAGGAGGCACGUGCACUGGCUAGUUGA